UAGUAGUAAAACUACAAAUUGGCUAUCAGUCAUCGUUAGCAGACGGUCCGCUCAGGGGUUUCUGUCUGCCAGCAGGCAGCCAAAAUGUUGGCCAUCCUGUCUGUGCUGCUUUUAUGUCUUUUUAACCCGGUCUGCUGUGUUUUUCAGAGACUUUACUGCACAAUAUCUGACAACUGCGACUGCGACUUUAAGCCGAAUAUCAGAGACCUGGAGUGGGACCUCUACAAGAAUGUUUACGGACAACAUCUGGCUCAGGACAUCGUGUCAGAGGAAGUGGCCAAAUUCCUUCAGAAUAAAAGCCCAGACCGGCCCCUGGUGCUGUCCUUCCACGGCUCCUCCGGGACGGGGAAGACGCUGGUCAGCUCCAUGCUGGGAAAUCAUCUGUACGGCUCAGCGAUGAGCAGCCCGUACGUCCACCAGUUCAUCCCCACGCUGCACUUCCCUUUACCCAACCGGGUGGACGAGUACAGGGAGGAGUUGAAGAGUUGGGUGCAGGGGAACCUGACGGACUGCGCUCGCUCGGUCUUCAUCUUCGACGAGAUGGAUAAGAUGCCUCCAGGCCUCGUCGAUGUCCUGGAGCCCUUCCUGGGUCCCUCCCACGUUGUGUUUCGCACCAACUACCGCAAGGCUAUCUAUGUCUUCAUCAGCACCGCGGGGGAGGAGGUGAUCAACAAACUGGUUCUGGAGCACCGGCAGGCUGGACGGGACAGAGAGGAGAUCCAGCUGGCCGACCUGCAGGACGCCAUCGCACAGACGGUUUACAACAGCAGCACAAGUGGGUUCUUCCACUCCAACAUCAUCCAGCAGAAGCUCAUCACCCGCUUCGUUCCCUUCCUGCCGUUGACCCGACGACACGUGGAGCGCUGCGUCCGCUCUCAGCUCUGCCAGCGGGGCUUCUGCGGCCGCAGCGACGUGGUGAAGUCGGUAGGGGGCGACAUGAUCUACACUCCCGUCCAGGGACAGUACUUCUCUACUACCGGCUGCAAGGCCGUCCCUGCCAAAAUCAACUUCUUCCUGUGAGCUGAGACGAAAUUUGUUUCUUUUGAUUUAACGGACUGAAAGAGAAACUUGACCCGAGGUUAGUCUGUGAGGAAAAGGAACUCUGAGGAAUCAGUUUCCUCUGCAUGGAGGUAAGAGCAGCAUCUCUGCAGGACGCCUUCUGUAACUCUCCGGAUCUGAAGCAGUUUUGUGCCGUCGACGCUGAAGUCCUUGUUGUCGUAGCAGUCAGUACAUGUCCAGCUGUGUGCACGGAAGAGUUUAUCCCCUGAGCGUUGUUCAGUAUCCGAACCAGGACUCCUCCCACGCUCUACCUCACACCCAACGCUUCCUUUAAUUUAUGAACUCUAAGUUGGUACAGUGUGGUCUCGGAUUCCAAAGGCUGCUAAAGUAAAAUGAUUGUUUUUAAUUUUGA